UAAAUAAUAUAUAUCUACUUAAACUAUAGGUAGUAUUUUUGUAUGUAAAUUUCAAGGAUUACUUGAAUUUGACGAAAUAUAUUUGUAUCUGUGCUGCGAAACAGUGGAAUUAACAAUGAAGUAUUUUAGUAUAUUGAUAUGUAUCCUUCAACUUUUACAAAAGUACAAUACAGAAGAAAUACGUUUAGUAGAUUUAGAACCUAAUGAUGCUCAGAAUCUUAUCGAUAAACAAGACCAGACGUUAAAUUACGCCCCUAAAAUUGACUCUGAUGUUCCAGCUGUACGAUAUCUAGGACAAGAAUCUCACAAUGUAUUGGAGGACAUAUAUUUAGCAAAGCAGUAUCAUGGACAAGAUGGACUAGGAGGAUAUUUAUAUGGUUACCAAGUUCCUGAUAUUGCAAAAAAUGAACAAAAGAAACCCAGCGGAGAUUUAAAGGGUUCAUAUAACUACGUCAAUGGAGCAGGUCAGGAAAUUAAGGUAGAAUAUUGGGAUAACGGUAACGGUUUUCAUCAAGUUGAUAACGUACCACAAAUUUUACCAGCACAAGUUGAUGAUUCUCCUGAAGUCAAAAUUGCCAAGGAAGCGUUUUUAAAACGCUGGCAUGAGGAAGCUGAAAGAAAUAGCCAUCCUGUGAAAAGCCCUUAUAAUGAAGAUGGUCAGUAUGCUAGUGGACCCUUAUCAAUAAAAAGUCAAAGAGAGGAUAAAACUCAAAGUCCUCAAUUUAGCCAAGAAUCUACCAAUCAGCACAAAGUUGAAAAUAGUGCUCAUGCAUAUGACAAUGAAGGUAAAUACGUUCCUCAAGAUAACGAAGAAUCUACAGGUCCACCUUUAGGAUUCUUUUAUGCUUUCGACUAUCCAGUGGGCAUUAUAACUCAAGACAGAGGUAGGGCCCUCUCUGCAGAAAAAGGUGCUGAAUUACGAGGCGUAUAUGAACGAAAUAAGCAAAGGUUUGAAAGGCAAUUGCAAGAAAGAAAAGCUGUUGAAGGAUCAAGUAAUCAAUAUUUAGUUCAUUAGAUCUUAUGUUUAUUUAUUAAUUUGCAUUUAUAAAAAACAGAUUUAAUAAAAUAUUGCGGAAAAUAGAACAAGCAUAUUCUGUGCGUA